AUGUAUUAUGAAUCUCAUCCGGAUCCAACAACUUCCUCUGAUGGACCUGCGGGAAAAAGACUAUUUAUAUAUUGUAAAAAGAAUGGAACCAUACUUCGUGUUCCUGGUGAAACUUCUGAGUAG